GUCGGAAAAACUGGGUUCAUAUUUCAGUCUCUACGAAAAGUUUUCCUAUCUCUGUAUCGGGCAGACUGGGGUGAUAUGUUAAACUCUGAGGGGAGUGUGGCUUGGGCCAAAUGCGUAAGUGUUGCGCUACGGAAACCACUGAUAGUGGGGUAACCCAGGCGGGGUAUUGGCGUAAACCCCUUCGAGCUUACGCCAGUCCCACUCUAUUGGAUACUCUCAGCACAAAAAGAAUACGGCUUAUUAUCGCACGCCUUGAUGUUGACAAAUAUAUGCUUACAUCUGGGUCUAAGCUCGAAGGUUGAUAAAAGGUUCCGGAAG